AUGUGCAUGAAGAUUUUCGCCCUCCACCGCUGCCUCAGCCCCGCGAGCGGUGGGUGCGACGGCUACUACACCGAGUACGUCGGCGAGCAGGGCUGCAACCGGAUGAUGCACGGCGGGCUCCCGCUGCUGGACUGCCGCUCCGUCUGGGCCGGCUUCGAGGACGAGACGAGCGCCAAAGUCAACCACCGCGACUUGUACGCCAAGAAAGCAAAGGCACUCUGCCCGCAGUGCCGGCACGGCCAGCAGAUCGCCUACCUCGAGAGCCAGGCCGCGCUCGAGCGCAACGGUGAGUUCUCGGACCGCGUGCAGGCCCUCGUCGCGGACCUUAGGCGCCGCGCCGACCUCGGCCACACCGAGUUCAUGCUGCGCGUGUACCACGAGCUCUGGGACGCGGCGCAGGGCCUCGUCGUAGGGCUGGCGGGCCGGACGAACGCCGCGUGGGAUGGCAUCGAGGCGGCGCUGUGGGCUAACUUCGGUGUCCAGGGCAUGGCGCUGGGCCCCGUGCGGGCCGUCGUCGCGUCGCUGAGGGAGGUCAAGGGGGACGUCCUACGGCACACCAGGGCGCACGUCAAGGAGAUGGUCGUCGCGCUGGUCGGGCCCAACGCGUCCUGGGACGUCGACCUCGACGUCGGGGACUACGCCAACAAGGAUUGGGCGAGGCAGCGGCAGGCGGCCGUCGAGGCCUCGCGGCAGCGGGCGCGGGAUGAGGAGGAACGACAGGAGCAGCAAGUGGUGGAGUUGCAGCACCGUCGGGGCAUGUAG